AUGGCCCUACAGCUCGAGACAGAGCUGGCCGCUUGGCCUUCCUCUUGCACCGCUGCCGAUACGAGAUUUGGCCCAGGGCUGCCAUCUUCCGAAUGCCGAGGCGGCUUUGAUUUUACGUUGGCCUUUGAGCAUAUUGUGUUAUCUCUGGUGCCGGGGUCGGUAUUCCUAGCUGCAGCCAUCAUUCGACUAUGGCAGCUCAGCCGUGCCCGAGUUGUUUCCCAAGAUAAGGGCCUCCAAGCAGGCAAACUAUGUACCGCUUGCGCUCUUGGUGUCAGUCAGCUAGCGGUGGUGGUGUUCUGGGCCUUACCUGACACUUAUCGGACCACUGCAUCACUGCCGGCAGCUGUGGUGAAUCUCUUGGCAGCGUUGACGAUAUUGCCCUUGUCGUACUGGGAAGGGAGACGAGCACCCAGGCCGUCGGCUGUGUUGAACGUUUACCUGCUCGGGGCUUGCCUGUUCGAGGCGGUGCAGACAAGAACACUGUGGCUUGCAACAGAGGAAGGCGGUGGUGAUCAUGUGCGACGGCUUGCUAUAUCCUUAUCUGUCGUUCUUGGUGUCAAGACGAUCCUUCUUGUGCUAGAAGCAGUUCCAAAGACUAUAAUAGCAAAAACUCCAGGGGCGCAGAACUGGGAAGAAGAAAAACAGGAAAGCAAACAUCAAAAGGGGGAGAGACAGGCACCACGUGAGCAAACAGCCGGGGUUUAUGCCCGAAGGACAUUCUGGUGGCUUAACAGGAUCCUCUGGACUGGCUUUCGAAACAGCAAGCUCCGAGCUGACGACCUCUACGAGAUUGACGACGAAAUCAAGACAGAGCGAUACAGUGAGGCGCUCGCGAGCGCUUGGGGAAGAGCCGACAAGAACAAGAAGCGGGCGCUUCUCCUGAGCACGCUUAGCGUUUUGAAAUGGCCGCUGCUGAUUCCCGCAGUCCCACGUUUUGUACAAAUAUUCCUCAACCUCGCCCAGCCGCUCCUACUAUUGCGUGUGCUGCAGCAUGUCUCCAGCACGCCUUCAGCCGGCACUGCAGCCGAAGAAAGACACGUCGGCCAAGGCCUCAUCAUCGCCACGGUCCUGGUCUACUUCAGCCUCGCUGUGUUCAACGGCUACUACGGGUCCAAGAUCAACCGCGCCGUUGUUCUAGUCCGCGGCGCACUUAUCGACCUUAUCUACCGGCACAUGCUCGAGUUGGAUCUGACGACUUGCAAGACCACCGCCGCUUCGGGCCCCGCCGGUCUCGUGACAAUGGAUGUGGAGCGCGUUGAUCUCGCCGUCGAUAAGCUGCACUCGCUAUGGGCCGCACCCAUAGAGGUCGGUCUUGGUAUCUUCCUCAUAGAGAGGCAGGUCGGAUGGGCUUGCGUAGGGACGGCCGUUGUGGCUGCAGGGUGCACGCUGGCCACCACCAGAAUCAGCAGGCUCUUGCCCAGCCGCCAAAAGGCAUGGAACCAGUCUGUGCAGCGCAGGGUGGCGCUCACCUCGACGGCGCUGAACAACAUCAAGUCGAUCAAGAUGAUGGGCGGCUUUGAGCGUCACGUUGCCGACAGACUGCAGGCGGCAAGAGAAGCUGAGCUUGACGCCUCGGCCUCGUUCCGGAAGUACAUGACCAUCGUGAACACACUCGUCAUGGUACCUCGCCAACUCUCUGCGCCCCUGGUUCUCACCUUGUAUGCUCUAGGUGUCAACAACAACAACGGCACGUUGCUUACGGCGUCGAGAGCGUUCACGACGCUUGCUCUGAUUGAAAUAGUAGCAGUGCCUAUGGGGUUGUUGCUUCAGGCGCUCCCCAGUAUAACGUCUUCACUUGCUUGCUUGGACCGCAUCCAGGCAUUUUUGCUGUCCAAGGCUCGAGUCGAUCACCGAAGGCAGCUGCAGACGGCACACAUGAAUGAAAAGCUGAAGAAUGAUGUGACGAUGGACAUAUCAACCGUUGAUGAGGCUCCAGAUUUGAUGGUGUCAUUCAAGAACGCCAGCUUCUCUUAUGCCACCGGCGAAAAGGGUGCGAGCUUUACGCUAAGCCAAAUCAGUAUGGACUUGCCCCGGGGCAGCAUUACGAUAGUGGCAGGGCCUGUUGGAAGCGGCAAGAGUACCCUCUUGAAGGCCAUACUCGGCGAGCUUGAGCUAGUGGCAGGAGAAGUGCACGUAAAUCCGGGGCCGAUCGGCUUCUGCGACCAGAAUCCUUGGAUAAGCAAUGGCACCAUACGUCAGUGCAUCAAGGGCAACAGUGAGUACGACAAGGAACUGUAUGAAGAUGUUGUGCACACCUGCGCCCUGGACCAAGACAUGAUGCGUUGGGGUGAAGAAGGUAGCGGUAGCGGUAGCGGUAGCGACAUGAAUGUGGGAAGUCGAGGAAUGGCUUUGAGCGAAGGCCAGAAGCAUCGGCUUGCCCUUGCGAGGGCGUUGUAUUCGCGCGCGCCGCUAUUGAUUCUGGACAACACCUUCCAAGCGCUCGAUUCACAAACCGAGGCCACCAUCAGGGACAGGCUUCUUGCUCCAACCUCCGGUUGGGCUGCUCGACACGGCACGACUGUCGUGCUGGCAACGACUUCUUGCGAUAAUGUCCUGCUUGGACAUGCCGAUCAAGUGGUGACUCUGGACCAGAAUGGCAAGAUGGUUCCAAGUGAAGCAAGCACCCUUCUAUUCAGUGAGGAGCAGUCACCUCCCAAAAAUGAGCAGAUACAACAGCCAUUUGAGCAAGCUAGACCUAAAAUGAAACCCAAUGCUCUCAACGACAAGAAGCCAUCAACGCAGCCAGCAGUGAGCAAGGAAAGCUCCAAAUCUGUCGGUACCUAUCGGUUCUUCUUUGGGCCAGUCGGCUUCCUGAGGUUGGCCGUUCUCAUCCUAGGAGUGAUAUCUCUGGCCGUCCUGACACGUAUCCAACGCAUCUGGGUGCAGUGGUGGACCGAGGCCUCCUCCCGCGAUGGCUAUCCUACCUUUGUCGGUGUUUACUUCACCUUUGCUGUAGGAGGCUGCAUGAGCUUUGCUUUUGUCUUUUGGUGGCUCUUCAUGUCCGUCACACCAAUCACAGCAGGCGGACUACAUCAGCAACUGGUGUCAACCAUCUUCUCAGCACCCCUGUCCUAUUUCUCAGGCAUAGACUCGGGCAUCAUUCUCAACCGCUUCAGUCAGGAUAUGGCUGUUCUCAACGGUAUGCUGCCCGUGAGCAUCUUCCAGACCACAUCAACCGGUGCACUCAUCAUCGGCCAGCUCGCCCUAAUCAUGUAUGGCGCGAACUACAUGAGCAUUUCCCUGCCUUUCACGCUCAUCACACUAUGGCUACUUGCAAACUUUUACCUGCGCACCUCUCGCCAGCUGCGUGUCCUGGAGCUCGAGUUAAAGGCACCCAUAUACACGCUCUUGAGCGAGACAAUGGAAGGAUUAUCAACCAUCCGCGCUUUUGGGUGGCAGUCUUGGUACCGCGGCCGCUGCCACGUGAGGGUUGACGGGUCCAAGAGGGCCAUCUAUCUUUUAUUCAUGGUCCAGCGCUGGCUCGGCUUCGUGCUCGACUGCACAGUCGCUGCGUUGGCCACUUUCAUGGUCAUCUUGGCCACGCAGCUCCGCGAAAGUACCAAUUCUGCCUCUCUAGGCGUAGGACUCUCGAGUAUAAUAGGGUUCAGCGUUCUCGUCGCCCAGCUCGUGGCCACUUAUACCGAGGUGGAGAAUUCCCUCGGAGCUGUGGAUCGCAUCAGGGAUUGCGUCGAGACGGUGCCGUCCGAAGAAGACGAGUCGAGGCUUGUGCAGCCGCCUGCCGAAUGGCCAGCGCGAGGCCAUCUGGAAUUUCGCCAUGUAACUGCCGGGUAUACCAGCAAAGACGGCGUAACCACCGAGGUCAUCCAAGAUUUGACGUUCAGGGUUAAACCUGGUCAGAAGGUCUGGUUAUGUGGUAGAACUGGCAGCGGGAAGUCGACGAUUCUAAACCUUCUCCUCCGUCUUAUGAAUGCAAGCUCGGGCGAGAUCCUAGUCGACGGUGAAGACAUGGCGCGAAUUAGCCCCUCGGCCGUCAAGAAAGCAUUUGCAGUCAUCCCGCAGUCACCAUUCUUUCUACCGGGCACGACGAUUCGCGUAAGCCUUGGUCUAUACGCUUCAAGCUCGGAGGGUGAUUUGGCUCAGAUACCAGACGAAGAAAUGAUAUCCGUCAUGAACGAGGUAGGCUUAUGGGACCACGUAAGGUCACAGGCUGGAGAACUAGGGUUGGGAUUAAACAUGGACCAGCUUCCGCUCUCGCAUGGCCAACGCCAGCUAUUUGGUUUCGCCAUGGCGAUGCUGAAAGUGAAGAGGCAGGGGAGCAAGGUCGUCCUGAUGGAUGAGCCAGCCAGCGGAUGUGAUCAAGAGACAGUGAUGCAGUUGGGCGCGCUGAUCCGACGGGCCUUUGAAAAUUGCACAGUGCUUGCUGUCACCCACAGUUCGGACAUUAUUUCUGAGGAGGACAUGGUAGUCUCGCUUGACAAUUAG